CCUGCACCCCGCUGCCCGCCGCCCCGCGCUGGGCCAGGGGCGAGAGCCGCCUGCCCCGCUCCAGCCCCUCUGUGGGGCCAGGGCAGCGCAUGGGGGCCACGCUGGGAGAAGGGGGGUGUCGGGAUGGGGGUCACUGGCGCCCAGCCUCGCAGCUCAGACCUCCACGCCGGGGCUGGGGGCUCUCUGCUGCUCUCGUGCCCCUGACGGCUAAAAAUAGCAGCUUGCUUCCUGGGGACUAACCGUCUGGGCGAGCGUGCCGAGCGGCAGCUGGCGUGGAUGUGGCCACCUUCACCAGAGUGGUGCUGGUCACGAGAUGCUGUAUGUGCUUCCUGCUGCCUCCGGCCCGCGCCACGCUCUCCCUGGUGCCCGGCGGCCCCCCAGCGCUGGCAGGGGUGAGCAGUGCCCGGGCAGGAUCCGUCCCCUAGAGAGAGACAGCUUUGGAAUGACACGAUCACUCCCGCUGAGCAGGCAGCCAGAGAGCCAUCGGGGAUGUCGUGUCUGUCCAAAGCUCUUUCCGAGAGCACCCCCUCCCCCGGGCCACUGUGCUGCCAGGCCUCGUGUGGGCUGCCUGUGGGGACCCCCGGCACUCUGGGGAUGGGGACGGAUCCAGCCUUGGACCCCACCCCAAGUGGUGACACGAGGUUGGAGUGUGCUCCCAGCCCGUGCCGGCGCGUCCCCUCUGGCCAGCUGGGCAGGGGUCGUGGGUGGCUCCUGCCCUGCAGACAGUCAGCAGUUGGUCUGGUGUGAGCAGGAUUCUCAGAUCACCUCUUGGCUGUGGGUGGUGCAGGGAGCACCCCGCCAUGGCACGGCCCCGCAACGCUGCGGGGGACACCCAGGGCUGCGGGUUUGCCAAGGCUGGGGGCUGUAGCCCCUGGGCUUUAGAGCCCACGGAGCCCCAGGACGAUUUGCUGUGUUUCUGGCAGAGGCCACGCGAUGAGCUGUGCUGCCAGGAUCUGCCCUCGCCCUGGCCCUGCCAGCACACAAGCCCUGGAGGAACCGGUUUGGGCCCUGCAGGCAGAGCGCCCCCCCCCCCCCCUCCAGCCUCAUGGGGACAGGAAGGGAAGGGCAGGUCCCCAGCUCCGCGGGGACACAUGCUCCCUGCUGCUGGUGGGACGUGGUUUUGGCGCUUCCUGAUACGCACUCCUCACCGAGCAGGCCUGGUGGCAUGGGGCUGGGGCACGCCGGGCCCUCGUCCCUGUCCCCGGAUCAGAGCUGGCUUCGACUCCAGCCCCAGGGGGAGCCAUAUCGGUCGCUGCCUGCCUGUCUGCACUGUUCAGGGAGCCAGGCAGCUUUGUGGGCCCUCCACUCUUUCAGAUCUAUGCUUGAGAUGCUACUGCUGUGGAGGAGCUCGGAUCUGCACGUGUAAUCAAGACCGCAAUGGCACGAUCUAAUCGUCUCCAGCUCCUUCCUCACGGGGCUGAUGAGUGGGAUGCUUUGCUAAUGUGCUAGGCAGGAGGGCAGCUCCUGGCACCCAUCCUUCCUGCUGGGACCAGCAGAGCAGCCAGAGCUGGGGCAGCAAGCAGGCUCAGAGGAGGGCACAGCAGGGAGGGCACCCACAGCUGCUCAUUGUCCUUCGCUGUGCAGAGCUCAGUUGCCUCACAAGUGCAGGUGAGGCUCCUCAACCAUCUUGUCACACCCUAGCCAAGCCCUGGGCGCCUCAAGGGUGGCAAGGCUGAAAUGGCAAGCCUGGGCCUGGCAGUUACUCUGUGCCCACAGCCAGGGUCUUCUGGUCCAUCCAAAACCACCCGCCCGCCAUGGCCCAGGGCUGCCAAACCUGCCCACGGGGCCCCUUGCUGCCCUGUGGCUCCCGGCAGCCCAGGGGCAGCUGCUGGCACUCAGCUGCACUUGCUGCCCGGGCAGCCCGUCUCCUGUGCAGUGGCAGCGGCUGCCUGGGCCUGUCCAGCCCUGGCACAGUCUCUGGCGCUCCUGCUUCUGCUCAGCAGCCAGUGGCUUCGGUUCUGGGCCCCCUUAGUGCCUGGGGACCGGCGGGAGCAGCCCAGAGGGGGCUGAGGAGCAGUGCCCCCUCCCCUCCGGGCUGGAGCUGCCCCUGGUCCCCAGCCCAGGGCUGCGGGGGGGCAGCGCUCCGCCCUGCUGGUUGUUGGCCCCGCAGCCUCCCCUCAGGGUGCCACCGCUGGCCCUCCGGCGGCCAGGCCAUGCUGGCAGGAGACUGUGCCGGGGCCGGCGAGGGACUGGGGCCUCCCCAGAGGCCUUUGCGGAGGGCGGCAGUGCCGGGGCACACACCCUGCCGAGCCCCACCGCGCUCCUCGGGCACCGGGCACCCCGGCCCGCCGCACCCACCAUGGCGGCCCGGCCCUGCCCGCCGCGCACAUCAUGGCGGCCCCGCGCCCACCGCCCCCAAGAUGGCGGCCAAGCCCCGCCCGGCCCGCCCACGCCCAAGAUGGCCGCCGGGGAGCACCGCGCGCCGCGCCCAAGAUGGCGGCAGCCUGCGAGCAGGGGCGUGUGAGCGGGCCGGUGAUGUCACUUCCGGCGGACAGCGGCGGAAGCGGCGGCCAUGGAGGCGGGCGAGGGCAGGCCCGAGGUGGCGGCGACGCUGCGGGCUCUGAACGGGGCGCUGGGUCGGCCCGCCGCGCUGUGGGUGAAGGAGAGUGGCGCCCGCAACCUGCGGCACCGGGACUUCCUGGCGCCGCGGGCCGCGCUGAGCGCCGCCUUCCCCGGGGGGCAGGUGCCCGCUGACGUCGUGGCGGGAGUGACGUCACUGCGCGGCCCGGGGGUGCUGCCGGUGCGGGGCUGCGGGCACACGCCGGCGGGGCUGGCAGUGCAGGUGCGGCGCCCCGAGGCCUUCCGGCGCCUGCUGGGGCCCCCGCCCGGCCCGGCCCCGGCGGCGCAGGGGGGGGUGGUGGUGCUGCACUGCCCGGCCCUGCGUGGCCCCGCCGCCCUGCGGCUCCGGCACCUCCGCCCGCUCCUGCUGGCCGACCACCUGGCCCAGCUGCUGCGCACCCAGGGGGUUGGCGUCUGCCUGGUCCCUGCCCUGGCUGAGGAGGGUGACCGGGAGCUCCUACGGCAGCUCCACGUCGACUGGCCCUCUGGCUCCGGUGGCUCGUCCCUCCCUGACGCUGUCUUGGCCUUGAAGCGAGCGCUAAGCCGGUCCCCCUGUGCCACAGCCUGUGAGCGGGGGCUGGACGCAGCCGUGCUGCCCGAGGAUGUCAUCUGUAAAGUGCACUUGAAGAGCUUCAUGGAGCAGCAGGGCUUGGUGGGCUAUGACCCCAAUCUAGAUGUCCUUCUGGUGACAGAGGGGAAGCUGUGGUCCCUGGCUGAGCUGCAGCAAGCCGUUCUGCAGUGCACGGCUGGAGGCCAAGGGAGCUGCUGCAGCAUCAUACACGUGGUGAGCUGUGAGGAGGAAUUCCAGCAGCAGCAGCUGGAUCUGCUCUGGAGGAUUUUGGAUCCGGGAGCCCACACGGCUUUGCAGAAACACCUUGUCUGUGGGCCAGUGAAGGUGACAAACCCCCCAUCGCCCAUCGGGGCAGAGCAGUACUUUCAGCUCCGAAAGUGCCAGAUGUACGAAGCUUCUGUGAUGAAGUAUGGGGAACUUGCGCAAGAUGAGGCCUGGACUGAGGUGAUUGAUACCCUCACGGUGGCUGCCAUCAGGUUUGAGAUGCUGAGCACUGCUCACCGGAGUCAGAUCACCCUGGACCUGGAGGACAGCAGCAUCUCCACAAAGGGAACCAAGAGCGGUGCCUUCGUGAUGUACAACUGUGCCCGGCUGGCCACACUCUUCGCCACCUACCAACAGGCUGUGGAGCGGGGCACGUACCCACCUCUGCCACCAGCGUCGGAACUGAACUUCUCUUGCCUCCGGGAAGAGGGCGAAUGGCUCCUGCUCUUCAACUAUCUCCUGCCCUUCCCUGAAGUCCUGCAGCAGGCAGCACAGCUACCGGCACCCACCAAGGGAAUCCGGAUCACAGCCAACACAGAGACAGUGUGCAAGUUCCUGAUCCAGCUCAGCAUGGAUUUCAGCUCCUACUACAACCGGGUGCAUGUCCUGGGGGAGCCGUUCCCUCACCUCUUUGACCAGAUGUUUGCCCGCCUCCGGCUGCUGGGAGCAGUGAGGGAUGUGUUCCACAGCGCACUGGCGACUCUGCACCUCCCUCCUCUCAGCCAGAUCUGAGCCACCACUGAAGGGCUGUGCCGAGGUGCGACAGGCACCAGGACAACAUGCCCUGAGGGGAAGGACAGGGCACGUCCUCCCUGGCAGGGUGAGGGGCUGCCCCACUGUCGGGCAGGGAGUCGGGACAUGCCUCAGCCCCACGCAGGUGCUCCCCGCCGCCCGUGCCAUUUGAGGGUUUGGCCGCUCGCCACCUGCAGCUGUGCCGGGCGUGGGCAAUGGGCGCCCUGCCACAUCCACGCCAGCAGAAGCGAGGACGCCUGUAGCAGCCGGCAAGCCGGGCUGUGGAGUAUGAGGGAAGGUGGCACCAGGGACCAGUCACCACAAAGCCAGACACCAACUUUGCUUCACUCAGAGCCAUGUAUUGAAGGUUGCUCCGUGCUGGCAGGGAGCUGCUGAGGCUCAAGGCUUGCUUGAGCUGGACAAAUACACUUGUUGCUGGACA